AUGAUAAAGAAAUUUAAGAUUUUACGAAACCUUAAUAUCGAUAUCAAAGCUUACAACAACGCGUUCGCAUCGUUGAUAACAUAUGUGGAAAGAGCUAAGUAGACGAAAAGAGAAAAUGAUAUACCUUCAAGUAUUUUAGCAUAGCAACAGAACAGUUGUGCAAUGUAAAAACACAAUCAUUAAGCAUUUUGUGAAAAAGAUUUAACUAGCUGAGCAAACCUGGUUUUUUUGUGUACAUUUGUUUACAUUUGAAAAUAUCAAAACUUUAAAAAAACAAAGAACGAAAAGAAAGAAAGAAUUUUCUUCUUGAACUUGGUUCCAGUCUUUUUUCUGCGACUAUUAAAUCUCGAAAUGCGCUUUGGGCAAAACAAGACAAGCUCCAUUGGUGCAACAAACUGUAUAACUGAACGCAGUGUAAAAUCACAGAAAGUUGAGAAAAUGACGAGCGGUUUUCACUAUUCAGAGACCAGUGCCUUCUCACCUAUUGCAUACGAUGUGUACGAAUACGUACCUCAAAGUGGCACCGUUAGUGUAGAUGUCUUAUCUCCAUACUGUGAGUACGAAAACAGACAGCUACAGCAGCAUUUUAUCGACCAAUGGGUUACAAGUCUUUAUCCAUCAAACUACGAAUCUAGCUAUAACGUGCUACCCUACCCAUAUUUACACGACUACUUAGGAGAACCUGGAUUUAUACGUAAACGAAACGAACGCGAAAGAAUGCGCGUGCGGAAUGUGAACGAAGGCUAUGCACGUUUACGAGACCAUCUUCCUCUUAAACCAACAGAGAAACGUUUGUCUAAGGUAGAAACCUUGAGAGGGGCGAUAGAAUACAUCCGCUUGUUAGAGACAUUACUCAAAGAUCAAUGUGAAGACGAAGGAAAAAAAGAAAACAUUGAAAGCACAGAACAUGAGAGUGACACCAAACAUUUUAUGAAAAAAGAUUCUGUAUAUAAACAUGAAGAAAUUAUUGUCACGCACGAAGGCCACCAGUCAUGAUAAAGAAACUUAAACGACAAAAAGGAAAAUUUUUUUUAUAAUCUCGUGGUGGAGGUUCACAUGCGAACUGAGAUUUUGAUAAUAAACUGAAUUGAAGUAUUCAAAAUAUACAAGUUAUUGACAGUUUUAGAUUAAUUUUUAUUUUUCUGUUAGUAGUAUUGUAAUGUGGAGCAUUUCUGCAUUCACCAUUUUUUGUCAUAUUUUCACCACUAUGUAAAUAAGUUCAAAAAUUUUCACGUGUGUAUAGAGAAAAACAUCAAAUAUUUUUUCAUUAUUAUAACUACUUUAAUUGCA